GCAACUCACGUGAUUGAAUUAUGCACAACCUCCUCCGGUCCAUUAGAGUACGGCCAUUUGAAAUACUCAAAUAUGAUUGGUCAAGCAGGAGAAAGCUAGUCCACGUAAUUUACUCGUUGUCCAAUGUGGGCCCGUUUCCAGCACAGAACACAUUAUUGAAGCAGACACACAUAACACUGAAAGAUAAAACUACUCAUUUCAUGUUGACGAUCUGUACCUUCUCCAUCUGUCUCUCUCCGGUAUAACGGUAAUGACACAUGUGUUGUGCACCGUUUUAAUAAUGCAUACACUCUGUUAUAGGAUAAGACGUUUGGUCUCAAGAACAAGAAGGGGAAGAAACAGCAGCAGUUUGUCAAGCAGGUCACCAAUCAGGUCAAGUAUGGCGGGGCCACCAGCGUUCAGAAGGUAUGUAGUAUAGACAAAACCUGUAGCUAACCUGUCUCAUUACCCUUUUCAACAUUUUCAUUGCAGAGGGAAGAGCUGGAACGGAAAGAGAAGCAAAAGAAGGAGGAUGAGAGGCGCGAGAAGGCGGAGAUUGACUCUCUGCUGCGACCGGCCCAGCCCCUGCAGAAAGUGUCGGCCGGUGCGGACCCAAAGAGUGUCCUGUGUCUGUUCUUCAAGCAAGGCCAGUGCAAGAAGGGAGACAAGUGCAAGUUCUCCCACGAUCUGACUCUCGAGGGAAAGUCCGAGAAGAGGAGUAUGUAUGUGGACAAGAGAGAUCUGGAGGAAGACACCAUUGACAAGUGGGAUGAAGAGAAGUUGAAGGAAGUGGUGCAGAAAAAGCACGGGGGAAAGACAAAGCAAAAGACUGACAUUGUCUGCAAGCAUUUUCUCCAUGCGGUAGAGAAAGGCAUCUACGGCUGGUUCUGGGAGUGUCCAAACAGCGAGCGCUGCAUCUACCGCCACGCCCUCCCUCCCGGGUUCGUCUUCAAGAAGAUGGGUAGUCAGACUAAUGAUGCAGUGGAGGAGACCAUCACGAUAGAGGAACUGGUGGAGAAUGAUAGGCAGCAGCUAGCCAUGUCGGGGAAAAACCUGACUCCAGUGACGUUAGACAGUUUCAAGGCCUGGAAGGAGAGAAAGCUAAAGGAGAAGAAGGACAAGCUGGACGCUUCCGCCACGAAGAAGAAGGAAGCAUUCGUUGCUGGUCGGACUCACGGGAUCAGUGGACGUGAGAUGUUUGAAUUCAACCCAGACCUGGUACAGGGAGACGACCAGGAGGCCGGGGAGGACACCGUGCUCUACUCUCUCAGGGAGGAGGAUGGGGAGGGAGGUGGGAGGGAGGUGGGUGAGGAGGAGGAGGAGGGAGGGGAGGAUAUCACUGAAAUGGUGGGGUAUUUGGAUGAGGUCGUCGCUCCGCCACCACCUCCUGUUCAAUCCAGUGUUGCUGGCUCUAGCAGACAGGCUGAGGCCGCCUCAGAGCUAGACCUCUACUGUGAGACUUGUAAGGAGGUCAUCUGUCGAGACUGCAUCGUCAGGCUCCAUCGCGACCACCAGUACGAUCUGGUGAGCGACGUGUUCCAACAACAGAAGGAAGUGCUGGUGUCCUCAGUUGAGCCAGCAGAGCAGCAGCUAGCCUCAGUCGGGAAGGCUCUGGAGGACCUCAAGGCAGAAAUUCGCCUCGGUCACCAAGCUCUUGAGGCGAGGGAAGAGGUCCUUAUUACACAGCUGGACCAGAUGACUCGGGAGAAGUUGAAGAAUUUAGCCGCCCAGCAAGAGCAGUUGGAGCUAGUUGCCACUCGUUUGCAAAGCUGCUGCGGGUUCUUCCGGGAGACCCUGAGAACUGGCAGCCAGAUAGAGGUCUUGGCCAUGGCAAAGCCGUCUGUGCAGCAAGUUCGAGAUGUGAUGUCUUCUCUCACGCCGGAGUCUCUAGUACCCCAAGAAAAAGCCGACCUAGACUUUGCCAGCAGUCAACGUGAGCUUGUUCAGAUUUGCAAACAGUUUGGGGAGGUUUAUAACUCCACCAUUUGCCCUCCCAAAUGUAUUGCUGAAGGUGUGGGGCUUCGGUUUGCAGUGGUGGGAGAAUUAGCCGUAGCCACAUUAAAAAUGGUGGGCCAGAAAGGGCGAGAAUAUCGGCAUCCAGUGGAAGUGAGUUUGGCAGUCGUGUCGAGUGAUGGGUCCACCGGGGGAGGGGAGAGCAAGAGGAUGGGGGGUAGCCGGUACGUGAUAGGAUACCUCCCCUGGCAUGGAGGACUAAACUACCUCCACAUCAGAGUAGAGGGCGAGCACAUCUCGGGAAGUCCGUUCCCUGUCUCUGUCAUCACCGAUACACCCACUAUCAUCGCCGGUGUCACUCGACCGUGGGGAUCAGCUCUAGACAAGGACGAUCAGUUAGUUGUAUCGGAAUUUGGCAAGCACUGCCUGUCGGUGUUUAGCAGCGAUGGGCGACAGAAGAAAUCGUUUGGCACCUUUGGGUCUGGUCCUGGACAGCUGAAUCAUCCAUGUGGCGUGGCUUUCUCUGCCACAGGAGAUAUUCUUGUGGCUGACCAAUUCAAUCAUCGUAUCCAGGUUUUCUCCCCCGAGGGAAAGUCAGUGAAGUGUGUGGGCACUAAAGGCAAUGGACGGCUACAGUUCAACUGCCCGGUUGGUAUUACCGUUCAUCCUGGCUCUAAGAAGCUGUAUGUUGCCGAUUCCGAUAAUAACAGAGUCCAUGUCCGCAAUGCAGACCUGACGUUUUGCAGCACUUUUGGUUCGGAGGGAGUAGGCAAUGGACAGUUCAAUAAUCCACUUGGAGUCGGUUUCGAUGCUGCUGGCAACUUGUACGUCACUGAUUCUGACAACCACAGGGUGCAAGUGUUCACGGAAAACGGAGAGUAUAUUCGACAGUUUGGGAAGGAGGGAAGCAGUGCGGGGGAACUUUGUAAGCCCAGGGGAGUGGCAAUAGACUCCAACAACAUAGUCUACGUAGGCGACUUUGGCAACCAUCGCAUCUCGAUAUUUUCUGGAGAGGGAGAGUUUCUGGGAAUAGGUGGUGAUCGUGGGAGUGGGCCAGGACAGUUUAAGUGCCCAAGUGGAGUAACCAUUUCAAGCCACGGAUGCAUCUACGUUAGUGACCGUGGAAAUAAUCGCAUUCAGGUGUUUUGA